AUGUCCUCCACCAAACCACGGACCAGCAUCCUGCCCUGCAGCUCCCCCGUCCCAGGGGGCAGGACCAUCCCUGACCUCUGGCACCCCUCGUUCUUGCAGGACCUGGGCAUGGAGUCCACCUCGCUGGAUGACGUGCUGUACCGCUACGCCAGCUUCCGGAACCUGGUGGACCCCAUCACGCACGACCUCAUCAUCAGCCUGGCGCGCUACAUCCACUGCCCCAAGCCGGAAGGUGAUGCACUGGGUGCCAUGGAGAAGCUGUGCCGGCAGCUGACGUACCAUCUCAGCCCCCACUCCCAAUGGAGGCGGCACCGGGGGCUGGUGAAGAGGAAGCCACAGGCCUGCCUCAAGGCUGUCCUGGCUGGAAGCCCUCUGGACAACACGGUAGACUUGUCGGGCAUCCCGCUAACCUCCCGUGACCUGGAGCGGGUGAGCAGCUACCUGCAGCGCUGUGGGGAGGAGGUGGACAGUGUGGAGCUGGGCUUCACAGGUCUCACAGACGACAUGGUCCUACAGCUGCUGCCGGCACUCAGUACACUGCCCCGGCUCACCACGCUGGCCCUCAACGGCAACCUGCUCACCCGAGCACUGCUGCGUGACCUCACCGACACCCUUAAGGACCCCAGCAAGUUCCCCAAUGUCACGUGGAUUGACCUGGGCAACAAUGUGGACAUCUUCUCAUUGCCCCAGCCCUUCCUGCUCAGCCUGCGCAAGCGCUCCCCGAAGCAGGGCCACCUACCCACCAUCUUGGAGCUGGGCGAGGGCCCAGGCUGUGGAGAGGAGGUCCGGGAUGCAACAGUGGGCCAGGAUGACCCUGGAGGGGAUCUUCUGGCCCCUGCCAAAGACCAUGAGGGUAGGGAGACUACAGGUCCAGCUCAGACGUGACACAGAAGUGGGGAGCCUCACCAGGUAGUCCUUGUGGGGUAGGGUGACUGAGGCAGACUAAUGGCUCCGACCAGGGUGCUCAGGCCUGAGCAGCCCCACCCAUGUGAAGCCAGAUUGUAGAAUCUGGGAAAGGGGGUGUAAUACUUUUCACUGGGCCUCCAUCUUUCCCCUUGUCAAUCUCCAUUAUCUUUGUUUGGCUGAGAAGUCAUCCCUGGCUCAAAAGAAUCAGCCCUCAGCCUCCCCAGACUUAGGGGUUGGGGAUGCCGGAGCUUGAGCUGUGCAUAUAAGAGCUCUCCCUGAGGAGUGUAGUUGGGGCCCUCCAUCCAACCCAGGACUGUACAAUUCUACAUCACAUUCAUUCUAUUCAGGGCAGCAAACUCCAGCCAGAUGCUAAAUGUGCCCUGGCUCAAGGCAGAUUGGAAUCUUAGUACCCUAACUCGGUGGAGGUUGGGGUGGGGGACUGGCUGCCAAUUCCAGGAGCCUAGUCUCCCUGUGGACUGAAGGUUGUCUACCUCCUCAGUGGACCCCCGGGCCCCUUGUAACACUUUGUCUCAGCCCUCAAACCCGAUUCCAGAGGCUUGCCCAUGGAACCAGCCACCGCCCUUCAAUGUAGAGCAUCCUAGGGUGUCUAGGACAGAUGGUACCCAGAUAUGCAUGGAAAGGCCCACUGAGAAGCCUCAUACCAUAAUCCCUGCACCCCUCACCAAAGACUACCAGGCUUUUAACAUGGGUUGUUCCAGUGUUACUAAGGGCCCUUUCCCCAUCAAGUACCAAGUCUCUGAAGUCAUCGUUGACACUGAGCACAGUACAUUCCCUAAACCCUAUCAUGGGAGGCUCUUAACACCCAGGACCAGAAUGAAGUUAAAAGCACUUCUAUGAACUCCUGGCAGAUCUGGUGCCUCCAAAGACAGCCAGGAGGAAAACUGGAGGUUCCCAAAAGCAAAGGUUUCCAUCCACCCUUACCUGAGGCCCACCAGUUUUUUAAAAAAAACCUUCUAAAUAUGGACAGUAAGUCUAGGGAGAUUGGGAACCAAUCUUGAGCCAGAGAAAAUCAUUCCAGGUGCCCGACUUUGAUUUACCUCCUCAGGCUAUCAGAGGACUAGGGAAGCACAGCCUGACGGGCCUCUAGCCUCAUGCCAGCUGGCAAAAUUACACAACACAGGAAGGCAGCAAGAUGGGGACUAAGCUAAGAGUUUGGCUAGGCACAGUGCACAACUUCAGGAGUUACUAGAGGAAGGCUAGGCAAAGGACAGUGCCAGAAGAACUAGGGACUGGACUCAAGUGUGUGAAUGCCUUAAAUGCUCUGGGACUUUUACCCUCAAUGUCUAAAGAACAGACCAUAGGGAAGUUGACAAGUGCUUAAGUACCUGGACUGCUAAUAUCUGACAGCAGUGUUCAAAUUUAACUUUCUUCAAAUACACAUUUUAAGAACCAA